GGAGGAGGAGGAGGAGGAGGAGCCCAAAGACAUUCAUCAACUUUUUCUCCGAUUCUCAGAUUCUGGCCCUCUCUCUUUCUUCCCCUUUUCCCUUUUUUUCCACCCGUUCCAGAUCUUUCAAAGAACCGCAGUGUGUGGGGGGAUCAUCGUGCGAGAUUCAAACCCAAGAUCUCCCACACGAGCUUAAGGGAAAAUUCCGUGGUUUCUUUAAGGACCCAAAUCUCCUCGUCAUCGCAUCGCACGCUCCUGUCGUUCUUUCUUGCGGUUCGCGAGUUCAUGUCUGUGUCUCUGUGUCUCUGUCUCUCGUUCUUGCCCGGACGCAUGCAUGGGCGAUUGAAGCAUUCGUCGCCUGAACAGGGGCUCUGUUUUCUUCGCCUCUAGCACCAAAUGCUGAUACCCGCUUCUUCUUUUCGUCAGAGUUUCAUGCCCCCAGUGAGAUUUCUUUAGCUGCCGUUUCUUUUCUUUCUUGCGAAGAAGGAAAGUUCUUGAUUUUGAUCCGCCCACGAUCCAACUCUCGCCUGUUUUGGACAUCUGGGUCUUGCCCGAUUCCCCCAAUGUCGCUCCCCAUCGAUCCUCGCCGGAGUGGUUAGGGUUUUGUGCCGCUUCUGUUAGGCGUCAGUGCUCGUUUUUUAACUUAAAGGAACGAUCUUGGAUGCUUUUGAUUCGAACCCUCUUUCUCGAUUGACCCUUUCGCUUUGUCCUUUUGGGUUUCCCUCCACGAUGCUUAAGCAGAUUCUCAGUAAAAUCCCCAGGAGAACGCCCAGGUUGGACUCGGGCGAGUCGAUUCAGUCCGCCUCGGGGUCUCCCGAUGGCGCUCAGAAAUCGGGCGGCGGCAAUUCGUCGUCUGCUCGAUCCAAUGGGCCGAGGCGCGCGUCCUCGGUGGUCUUCCCGGCGAGCGUGAUCGCCGGGAUCGAGCCCUUGGUGCCGUUCAAAGAUGUCCCGGCAUCCGAAAAGAUGAAUCUCUUGGUGAGUAAACUGAGCCUUUGCUGCGUAACAUUCGAUUUCACGGACCCGGGGAAGAAUACCAUGGAGAAAGAUGUUAAGCGGCAAAUCCUGAUCGAGAUUCUGGAAUUCGUAGCAUCUGGAUCAGUCAGGUUCGCCGAACCCGCGGUUCUAGCGAUGUGCAGGAUGUGUGCUAUUAAUUUGUUCCGGGUGUUUCCGCCUAGUUAUCGGUCCCAUUCGACUGGUAGUGGCGGCGAGAACGACAACCACGAUGAUCCGAAGUUCGAUCCUGCUUGGUCACAUUUGCAGGUGGUGUACGACAUACUGCUUAAGUUCAUUACCUCGUCUUGUCUGGAUAUAAAAGUUGCUAAGAAGUAUAUCGACCAUGCUUUCAUAUUGAGAUUGCUUGAUUUGUUUGAUUCUGAGGAUCCCAGAGAAAGAGAGUGUCUGAAGACUGCGUUGCAUAGAAUUUAUGGGAAAUUUAUGGUUCACAGGCCUUUCAUAAGGAAGUCCAUAAGCAGUAUAUUCUACCGGUUCGUGUUUGAGACCGAGAAGCACAAUGGGAUUGCUGAAUUAUUGGAGAUUUUCGGAAGUGUGAUCAGCGGGUUUGCAUUGCCUCUAAAAGAAGAACACAAGAUCUUCUUUUCGAGGGUUGUAAUUCCUCUGCACAAGCCUAAGUCUUUGGGUGUGUACUUUCAACAGCUAUCGUAUUGUAUAAUGCAAUUUAUAGAGAAGGAGCCUAGGUUAGCCAGUGUCGUGAUAAAGGGGUUAUUGAAGUAUUGGCCAAUAACUAAUAGCCAGAAGGAAGUGAUGUUCUUGGGUGAGAUAGAAGAGAUCCUGGAAACGAUUAACACGGUAGAGUUUGAGAAGGUCAUGGUCCCGCUUUUCUUGCGGAUCAGUUGUUGCAUCAACAGCUUCCACUUCCAGGUGGCUGAGAGGGCCCUUUUCUUAUGGAACAAUGAGCAAAUCGGCGGCUUGAUGGCGCACAACAGGUGGGCGAUCAUGCCCAUUGUGUUCCCGGCCCUAGAGAAGAACGCCCGGGGCCACUGGAACCCAGCGGUGCUCAAUCUGACCCUCAGCGUGAAAAGGAUGUUCUCGGAGAUGGAUGAGGAACUGUUCUUGUCCUGCCUAGCUCAGUCCCAGGAAGAAGGAGAAAGGCUGAGGCUAGUGGCGGAGAAGCGGAACGAGGCAUGGAAGAGAUUAGAAACCGCGGCCAGUCACCAGCCGCUCAUUUGCUUGUGCCGCUCGAGCGCCGCCACCCUCACUCUUCCGUAAAAUCCUCCUCGACGUGGUGUCGGGUUAUUGUGAAGUACCAGGUGAUUUCCUUUCUAUUGUAUUGGAUCCGCAUCGUAGAUUUGGUGACCGAAAAAUAGGGGGGGAUCGAACUGGUAGGAGAUGUAUGCGAGCAGCCACCGGGAUAGGUUUGCAAGUCUAUAUACGGAGAGAGCCCGGCGUGCGGUCCGUUUUUGUGUUUGAUUCAUGUCGGCUUGAGUCGAACUUCGGGUAAUCUACAGUUCCUAGUGAAGCCUGAUUUCAGCUAGGGUCGUGAUGUUGAUGCACGGUCAUAUGAACUAGGCGCAUCCGGAUCGAGCACGAGCUCUUCCAUUGUCUUUCUAGGAUUCCAAAAGUUGCAUAAAAUGUUAGGUCCGGAAUCAACUUCGAUCCUUAGUGAUCUCGACGGCUAUGUCGGCGCUACUCUCGCCGACGAACUCGAAAGAAAGUGAUGACGGCUUGUAGCAAGCGAAAACGAGCCGUUCCCUCGAAAAGUAACUGACUCGAUGAAAUUAUUGCCGUAAAGUUACCGACUUACGUUGGAGAAACUACUAGCAUGGUACGCAAUAGUGUAGAAGGAGCUGGAUU